AUGGACCCUCUCUUUCAUAUCGGUUGGAUUGCUUCGACCUUAGAGAGAGAUUUGAUCUUACUUGAAAAUCAAAUUCCAUUCUUUAUUCUAGAGCAUCUACAUUCUGUCAUUGGUGAUGGUAAUACGCCUGACCCACUCCUCCUUAUUUUUAUGACCGUGAAUUAUUUCCCGAUAUACCAAUAUUUGCCUCCAGCUCUAUGCACACUCGCAGAGGAGAUUGCAAGCCAAAGUAUCUCCCAUCUCGCGGCAAGACCAUUAUUCUCAACUGCACUGCCAAGUGCAUUGCCAAGUAGACGACUGGAUCCAGAAAAACUCUAUGAUUUCAGGCAUCUUGUGGAUCUUGUCCGCAAGUUUAUGUUGCUCGAAGAGACCUUGGUAUCAACAGAAAACGGGGCCUAUGGGCAGGAAGCACGCAGAGCAUGCCCUUAUAUCGGUACUAACAUGUACAGGUAUUCUGCCUCAGAGCUAAGUGACUUAGGAGUUAGAUUCAAGGACUACACGCACUUCAUGGAUGGUCUGAUCAAUACCUCAAAGGAUAUUGAAUUGCUUCAACACCACGGGAUAAUUGAAAGUUUCAUGGGUGAUGAUGAAGCUAUAGCUACCAUGUUCAACAAUAUCUGCAAAAAUAGGAUAUUCUCAUCGAACUAUUACUAUGCAAAACUAGUUCGUGAUCUAACAAUGCAUUGCAGAAAGAGGCGAAAUGUUUGGAUGGCGAAAUUGUGGAGAAAUUAUCUCAGCAGCCCCUGGGCAAUCUUGUCUGUUCUUGCAGCAUCUGUCUUGCUCAUCUUAACUGCGACACAAACUGUCUACAGUGCUUACUGCAGUGCAAAAUAA